CGGGCUUGGGCUCAGGGGAGGAAGGCAAGGAGGGAAGGGGAGGAUUAGAGCACGGAGUAGGUAUUGUGCUCUGCUGGGAUCCCGAGCUGCGCGCUUGUUGUUUCUACGUUCCUGGGUCGGAGGAUACCAUACUCUGUCCAAAUAUUGGCUAGGAUGAUCACAGGCCCCCAUGGACUUCCUCCAUUGUAGCCCCAUCCCUCAUCUCAAAACUCCUCAAAAGCAGCCCGGUGUUAUGGGGCUGCGGGGCCCAAGUCCAACUUCUUCCAACAAAGAUGGGAACCUUCUCGUCUCCCCAGAAGCUAAGCCCAGCGCGCACCUUGCUCCAGCUCUAUUGACAAGUGUUUCAUUACCCCGUAAUGAGUUUCUAUUAUGCAUUUGGAUAAAUGGGGGGCAUUUCAUAAUAAUACAGGAAACAAGGAAGAGGAACCACAGUGCAGUUGGUGUCUUUAAAAAGCGGGGUGGAGUACUCAAACUUCCAGGUGUGGUUUUAUUCUCUUAAAAUAUCACCUUCUUUCGUCUUACAGGCAAAACACCCUCAGCUUUGUUGUUUUCAAAGGCUUUUUUUGCCUUGGGUGAUUUACGCGCAGGGACUGGCCGAAAAUACUACACCACCUAUGAAAUUUGGGUCUUGAAUUUUAAUAAAAUAAUUAAGAUUUCCCUUAAGGAGGAAAGCAGGAAAUGAGCACUGUCUGUUGUGGAUAUUUGACCCAAAGAAGGAACUUUUCAGGCCAGAAAGCUUAAAUUGUAAUGGAGGAAUUUGUUAUUGUGCCCAUAUUUUAUCCAACCACUUUCUAAAUUGUAAUUAUAUGAAAUCUAGAAAAUUUCACCUGUAUCUCUUUUGAAAAUUGGGAGAGAAAAUAUAAGAUUAAUAAACCCCAAUUUUCUUUCUUGUUUCUUUUACAAAGACUGGCAAUAUGUACUAUUUCAUUGACAGGCGCCUUGAAGAAGCUUUGCGCUUGCCGAGAGCUAUCCACGGUGCUGAAAAUAUUUUUCUCUCUACUUUGGACCUUUUUUCCCUUUCCUUCUAGAAUCCUGGGUGCUAAGUUAAAUAAUUUGUUAAGCCAGUGCUACCUGAUUUUGGAAAUUAACUUUAAGAACUACAGUUCUUUUACAUUUGAUUGGUCAGGAAAUCAGGAUUUAUUUCCAUUCGGCAUUUUGUAGUUCAUCUAAACGGGAAUACAUACCUUUGUUCUAAUAAGAAAUGAAUAUCCCAGAGACUUAAAAUGGUCAAAUUAAUAGAUAAAUAUUCACAACGAUUAAUAUUUUUAUUAAAUAUAAAUCUGGGUAUUUGUUAGUGAACUCUGAAAAGCUUAAACAAUGGGGCAAAGACAUUACACAUAUGAAGAGUACUAAUUACAUUGUUCGGGCAUAUUAAAUGUUCUUUAAAUCUUCACCUUACACUUUUUAAGUGUGGGUUCAAACUGUCAUGGAAAUAUACAAUCCAACAAUAAUACUUGAUUGUAAGCUCAAUAUCGAAGAAUCAAAGUUCACAAAUUUACUUUUUGCUCUCAAGAGAAAUCUUUGCUAUUAAUUUUUGUAUAAAAGAGUGCAGUGCUGUAUCUUAACCUAGACAUAUUGGUAAUUAGUUCAAAUUAAAAUAGAACUUAGAAUCACAAAUAAAAUAUAAUUGGAUGGCUGAUUUUAUUAAAAAAGAAAAUGAGGUCUAUUAAACUUUAUUAGGUCUUCCAAAGGUUAAUGGCAGUGAUUCUUUUAAUAGAAAAAGUUAUAAAUGAAAUAAAAUAUAAACUGUGUGGUAGUUAUGUUCAAAAAGUACACAAAAGAAUAUGCAAGAAGAAAGAGACAAAGUAUGUUAAUUGUUCUAGCAUAAUGUUCAACCGAAGAUAAUAGCUUGAGUCUACUGAUAAAAACAAUUUAAUAGAACAGCAAUUUCAAUAUUUUUUAAAAAUAAUGUUUCAUAGUUUAAAAAGUAAUCAGAUCAACAUAACCUUCUUAAUUAACAUUUCAAAAUGAUUAACAUUAUGUAACGUAAUGCGAAAAUAAUUUAUGGGAAAUGUAUUUACUUCACAAUUCACUGUACCAUUGCUCCUUGACCAAAUUCAAAUUAAAUAGUAAUUGGUUUACAUUCUUAUAUGAUGAGUGCUUCAUAGUUUUCUUUAUAGUUAACAGAUUGCCACACAUUCUUUCCAGUAUGUGGGCCACUGCACUGAUUAAAAAUGAUCUAAACAUUUAACUUAUUGUGCUUGCAUGUUUUUAAAGAUACUUUUUAAUUUUAGACUGAAUUAUCCAGUAUAUUUAUUUUUUUGCCUUUAUCUGGACUAUAUCACAUUUUGAAGUGUUUACUAAAGCACCUCUUUUCACAUGGAGGCCACUUCCUGUAUGGUACUGUUCCCCUUUUCUGGCUAGUGUAAUAAAACCAUUCCUUUUAUAGCAUGCCAUUAUUAGAAACCAAUUUCAGAAUUAUUUAUAACCUGGAAUGGCUUAUUAAGCAGCAAUGCGAGAAUCAUGCAAAUUACGCGAUCAAAUGCAAUAUAAUAAGCAUAAUCAUUAGUCUCUAGCACGGAUUAAUUAACUUUCAAUAUUUUAUUUACAUAAAAACCAAAUCAGUGAAAUAACUUCUGCACAGUCAGGCUUGCCUUUCAAUAUUUUAUAUGAACAAAAAUAAUGUGCUGUAAUUCCAUUGACCGUGUCCCCUAGAAUGGCCCUGUCACCUGCCACAUCUUAAUAGGGGGGACAAGCUGAGAGUAUUUUCGAGUUUUCUAAUGGAAUGAGAAAUUGCAUUUUCUUCCUCUCCCAGCACUAUUAAAGUGUAAUGAAUUCGGCCCAGAGUUCACGGCUGGCUGAUCGAAAUGAACCUGAGAUCUAGGCUUUAAUACAGCUCCCCAGAUUUCCUCCCAUAUCUACACAUUAAUCAUUUGCUGGAUUCCAAUGAGGUCUUCAUAAAGCAUUUGCUUCAAGUGUGUGUGUGUGGGGGGGCAUUCUUUCUUUCUCCCCCUCUUUUUCUAUUCCUGAGCCAUUUAUAGCUGGGGAAUUAAACGGGCUAUAUAUUUUAAAAUACAUUUACAGUAUGUCUAUAUUACUGUAACAGCAGAUAUCAUGAAAGUGGAUUUUUAGAUUCCAACCUCCAUUAGAUUCUCACUGUUGUAUUAAGCAUUUUUCUGAGGAGAGCUGCAUUUCAAACUGAGUGCAAAGUUGGGUCUUUGGCUGUGGUUAAUGGAUUUCCUGGAGUUGUCAUCAGUGCAUUCCAAAACUCUCCCUUAGGUUCUGUCUGCAUCUUAACCCGACAUGCUCUAGUUUCCAAGUGGAAACAUUCACAUUUUAAAAAACAUAUGCAUCAUAGCUUGGAAUUGAGGUGUUCAGAUUCCAUGCAGAUUUUUCCCCCUUGAAUCUCAGUAAACCAUGAAACAUUAAAAAUUUUGUAGCCAUCAUUUGACUACUAACCCUCAAACAUAAUUGAGCAUGAUUUUUCGAUUAUUCCUCUAAUAUUUUGUCCUUUAACAGUGGUUCUUUCUGGAUUCUGCAGUACUGUUUGCUCUUGAAACUCUGCUGAGCAGUGUUUUUUGUUUUUGUUUUUGUUUUUUUCUCUGUUGCUUCUUUCUCCAAGCCUUUGUCCAAUUUACCAUCUUCAAAACACUGACCAUUUAGGAUUCACUCGCUCUGGGGAGUGGUAGGAAUUGGUCCUGACUCUCCCUUUCAAAAUGUUCCUAGGAGGCUGCAAGUUUCAGACACAGCAAGUUUCAGUCAAGGGUGUCCUCUUGCCCAACUUCCCACACUAGUGUCAGCUAGGUGCUGCAAAGGGUCUUUGGGACCUUAGGUCUCUUCACUGUCCACCCAAGGCCAAAGGCUGCUAACAGCUCCAUCCAGCUGCAAUCAUCAUCAUCGGGCCCUGAAGCCUCAUUAGUCCCCGCACCACAGCUCUAGAGCUUGCGCUAAGGAAGCUUACCCAGCAUCAAUAUAGGGUUAAGCAGCAAUGUGGGAAAUGGUGUACAAACUAGAGAAAGAUAAAGUGCUGGAAGAAGCCCUAGGUAAGAUAGGAAGGCAAGGCAGACUCAGAGAGGAUUGUAGACUGCAAAACUAUUCACACUGGUAAGCAAAGUGUAUGCUUGCUUGCACCGCUAUAAAUUCUUGAUUUACCAAGAAUGAAGGCAGGUAUAUCCAUACCCUCGACACUUCAGCUUGCAAAUCAUCUACUACAUAGAUUGGAUUACCAGAUAAAUCACGUGGGGGGGGGAUUUGGAGAGUAGGGUGUGUGUGUUGGCCAAAUUCUAAGAGGAAACUAGUCAACAUCUGAUCUGUGCCUGGCACCAUUUUAUAUUUCGUUUCAGUAGUCAUCCCGCUAACUAGAUUUUGAAUGAAAAGUCUGCUAACUAAACUCUCUGAGGAAGCCCCAGCCCCUUAAAGAUAAAAUGCAAAUAGAUGGUGAGGAGAAAUUAUCAAGGUUGGAUAGGUUGGUUGUCUAGUACCUCUAAGAGGAAAUUUUGCUCAGUGACAGUGAUUUUGACAUUUGUAGGCACAUUUGCCUGGUAGGCUCUGAAAUUCCUGGGCCAUAAUCAGGAAACAAAAGCCAGGAGGGCUUGUUUGAUGUAUAUUUUAAUAGACAGUUCUCCCUGGGGGGAAAAAAAAACCAGUCCAUUGUCCCAGCAAAUUUAGAUUUGCAUCCUGACCAGCGUGACUCUUAAAGCUGACCUCCUUUCCUUCGCAUUGUUUAGGAAAUUUGCUUUAGUUUAUAAAACGAGAGGUGUGUUGGGGUAUGUUCAGCUUACAGGUAUCAGAGGACAUGUUACCACGAAUCUGAAGUAAGUUACUGGAAGGCGUAAGGCCCAGGGGUUCAGUCAGAGAGCUCCAGCACACCCCGAAUGGCUUGGGGCAGAGAAAGGCGCCCUCAGAGCGUUUUGGGAGAGAGAUGGGGAGGAGCAUUGUGGCAGUUGCUCCAAGCACUGAGGGAGAAAUCAGAAAUCAAGGUGGCAACCAAAUAACACCGAAGCUCAGUGGCUCACUUUGCCACACGGGUCACUAUAUUAACCUCUCUGCUCUGUCAACCGUGAUGUUAGGAGCUUCCUUUGUCUUUCGAUUUUGAAACUGUUUAUGUCAUUCGUGGCCUUUCAUCAAUCCCCAAAUUUCCAGUGUUUCUGAAAAUUCUAUACUCCAUCAGUGCUAUGAGACAUGCCAUUAAGUCACAUGGGUACUCAUGUUUGUCUUCAUUUGUACACCUGUGGGUCGAGCCUUGACACAUGCCUGCUUGACGACCACUACUACCUCUGUGCAUUGCACAGACUAUGCCAGAGUGCACAGGACGGUGAACGCUGCAAACGGUGGUCUAUGCAGUGCUGUUUGCUCGGUCUGGUUCCAGAAUCGCCGCGCCAAGUGGAAGAAGCGCAAGAAGACCACCAACGUGUUCCGCGCGCCAGGCACGCUGCUGCCCACGCCGGGGCUGCCCCAGUUCCCGUCGGCUGCCGCCGCCGCGGCCGCCGCCAUGGGCGACAGCCUGUGCUCUUUCCACGCCAACGACACCCGCUGGGCGGCGGCCGCCAUGCCUGGCGUGUCCCAGCUGCCGCUGCCGCCCGCGCUCGGCCGCCAGCAGGCCAUGGCGCAGUCGCUGUCCCAGUGCAGCCUGGCGGCCGGGCCACCGCCCAACUCCAUGGGCUUGUCCAACAGCCUGGCGGGCUCCAACGGCGCGGGGCUGCAGUCGCACCUCUACCAGCCCGCCUUCCCCGGCAUGGUGCCCGCCUCCCUCCCCGGCCCCAGCAACGUCUCCGGCUCGCCCCAGCUCUGCAGCUCUCCGGACAGCAGCGACGUGUGGCGGGGCACGAGCAUCGCCUCCCUGCGCCGCAAGGCGCUCGAGCACACAGUCUCCAUGAGCUUCACCUAAUGCCGCCGCGCGCCGCCCGCUGCGCCCGGGCGCCGCCCCUGCCCCUGUCCCCUCCCCCAGACCCCCGGCCGCGCGCGCCGGGCUCCCAGCCCCUCCCCCUCCCCGGUGUCCCCGGUCCUCCCCGAGCCCCGGCGAGGUCGCCUCCCGACUUCCCUCCCCGAGCCCGGCUCCCCGAACCCCGUGCUGCCCGCCGCCUCGGCCCCCUGCUCGCCCAGGUCGUGCUCGCGCCCUCCUCCCGGCCUCUGCCUGGCAGCCACCCCGACCACACUUCGGUCACCACCCUCCCCAACCCCCACGACCCCCCGCCUCGCCCGCGCCUCCCUUUGGGCUCAGUCUUUCCCCGAGCCUCACGUCCCUGCUCCCGCGCCCGGCAGAAAGCAUCCUUCCCGCCAUUUUACUUACCAGGGAGUCGACUCAGGAUCUGAAAUCAGACACCAAUGGACUGGUUUGUGGGCAGAAACACGCACACACACACACACACACACACACACACACACACACACACACACACUCGCACCAUAGCUCACGCUCAGACACUACACGCGCGCGCGCAAACACACACAGUGCAUCUUGGUCACACAUGGACGUGUUCAAGGUACAGCACAAUGCUAGGGAUUUUUGUCUUAAAGGUGGACAAGCAUUGCUACCAACCGCCUCAUUUGAGGGCCCAACUGAUGCCAUUUGAUUUAGCCCCGUAUUCUUUCUCUGACCUCCCUUUUUUCUUUCCCGGACCACCACCCUACCCUGUCUAUCCAGUCACUGUCCAUGCAACCCUCGAUUGGCUUGCAAAAGACCGCUUUCGUUGUUAUAGUUUGGUUUUUCUUUUCUUAAGCUCAGCUGUGAGGGGGUAGAAGGGAAGGCGUCUCAGGAGGAACAUGGCAGUGGAUUGGGUGGCUGGAGCGGACUUAGGCACUUAUGUGAUGAAGAGGUGGUCUUUCCCAUUUUGAUAGGCCUUUCUAGGAAGAACAAAACACACGUGUAAGGAAUCUUUUUUUUCCUUUUUGUAAAAGCAAAAAGCCACAUCUCUUUUCUAGAUCCUUCAAGACUGGCGUUCGUUUGCUUCCUUUUUCGUCUUUUCUUCUCUUCUCGCUGCUCUGUGCCCUUGGUUGUUUUGUGGUCGUCCUAUCGCGUCCUUCGUGCCCCCUUGGCCUCCUGCCGGCCACCGGUGGGUGCAGGCGGACAUCUACAACCCUGCAACUUUGUACAGAGAAACACAAUCAGCUCUUUCUGCAUGUGCUGGUCAAAUCCAAACCCAGAGAACAGAAGCGCUUUCUAAGAAUGAACAAACAUGUGAAAUAGGAUGUUUUGUGUAGAUAAAGCAUUCUUGUUACAUACUGGUCAAUUUGUGAUAUGUUUUAACUUAUUGUCUGUGCUUAUUUAUGGACUUUGGUUUUCUUAAUAAAUGUUUGAGCUAAUAUAAAGCAUAUUAUUUGACUUUUCCGGACAAGUUUAUAUCAAGUUAAAUGUAAAUGGAUAAAAUAAAAUCAUUUUCCGUAUGUGAUACA